AUGAAAUCGUUGAAAUAUGUUUUGUUGAAGAGUACUUCUGGCAAGGGAAUCAAAUUCGUUACAAUAAUGGAUUCGCCACCCGAUCUCUCACCAAACGCACCGCCAUCCGGUUUUGACGACACCAACAAUUAUUUCGCCAAUCUACAGGCACCUCCCGCUCCACCUUCGAGCACAUCCACUGGCCAAGCUUCUACAGAGGGAUCAGUGGAUUCCAGUGGCUUUGAAAAGGUGGAUCAUGAUGUUCUGGAGGAGUACGGUCAACAGUUCGUGAAUCAAAUGCAGCAGGCAUUGUUUGGUAACCUGCCUGAGGAAAUGGACGCUGCCGUAAGUCAAUGA